AUGUCCUCGGGGUCGAUGAAGGGACCCUCCCCGCCCUCCAUGGGGCUGGAGAAGCCGGUGGUGCUGGCAUGGCGGCUCAGGCUGCUGGGGCGCUUCAGGGUGCCCACGGCGCUGGGGCUGCUGCUGAGCUUGGCGCUGCCUGGGGGCAGCUCCCCCACGCUGGAGCCCGGUGCCUCCAGGCAAUCCUUGCGGGAGAGGUCCUGGGGAGCAAGGAUCGUCCUCCCCGCCGUCUUCGUCUGCAUCGCGCUGCUCUUCAGCCUCAUCGUGCCGCCCUUCGGGAAGUACCCGCCCCUGCAGCUCCAGCCCUGGAUGUACGGGCAGCAGUUCACCUUCUUCAGCAACGAUGCCCCGGGAGAUCCCGACACAGCCCGGCUGCUGGACGCGCUCCUGGCUGAGCCCGGCUUCGGCACCAAGUGUAUGAAGGAGGAGGGGAAGGCGACGGGGCUGUGCCCACCAGCUUCCCACCCCGAUGGAUUCUCGGUCCCCGCAGCCCCCCCAUCCCUGCUGGAAGUGCUGCGGCGUGGGAACUGGACACAGGCCUGGCCGUCCCCCCCGUGCCAGUGCAGUGGGCCGGGGGCACACAGGAUGCUGCCUGAGUGUCCUGAGGGGGCCGGGGGGCUCCCACCCCCCCAGGUGCAGAGGGGCACAGGGGACAUCCUUCAGAAUCUGACAGGCAGGAACAUCUCUGACUACCUGGUGAAGACCUAUCCCCAGAUCAUCCGUCAGGAGCUGAGGAACAAGAAGUGGGUGAAUGAGCAGAGGUACGGCGGCUUCUCCCUGGGCGCCGGCAGCUCCCAGGCCCUGCCAUCGGCAGCAGAGGUGGAUCAGGCAGUGCUGGAGCUCCGAGUGCUGCUCAACAUCACCCUGGGCAGCCCCUCGGAUCGGCUCCUGGCCAACCUCAGCCGCUUCAUCGAGGGUUUGGAUGCCCGCAGGAAUAUCAAGGUCUGGUUCAACAACAAGGGCUGGCACGCCAUGGUCUCCUUCCUCAACGUAGCCAGCAAUGGGCUGCUGCGAGCCCGGCUGCCCCCCGGCACUGACCCCACGCGCUUCGGCAUCACGGCCACCAACCACCCCCUCAACCUCACCAAGGAGCAGCUCUCCGAGGCCGCCCUGAUGGCCACCUCUGUGGAUGUGCUGGUCUCCAUCUGCGUGAUCUUCGCCAUGUCCUUCGUCCCGGCCAGCUUCGUCGUCUUCCUCAUUGAGGAGCGGGUCAGCAAGGCCAAGCACCUUCAGUUCGUCAGCGGGAUGAAGCCCAUCACCUACUGGCUGGGCAACUUCGCCUGGGACAUGUGCAACUACCUGGUCCCCGCCCUGCUGGUCAUCCUCAUCUUCCUCUGCUUCCAGCAGGAAUCCUACGUGUCCUCGGCCAACCUGCCCUCCCUGGUGCUGCUGCUGCUGCUCUACGGAUGGUCCAUCACCCCCCUGAUGUAUCCAGCCUCCUUCCUCUUCAGCAUCCCCAGCACCGCCUACGUGGCCCUGACCUGCAUCAACCUCUUCAUCGGCAUCAACGGCAGCGUGGCCACCUUUGUGCUGGAGCUCUUUGUGGACCAAAACCUCAAUGACAUCAACCGUGUCCUGAAGAAGGUCUUCCUCAUCUUCCCCCACUUCUGCUUGGGCCGAGGCCUCAUUGACAUGGUGAAGAACCAGGCGAUGGCUGAUGCCUUUGAGAGGUUUGGGGACAAGCGCUUUGUGUCCCCCCUCUCCUGGGACCUGGCUGGGAAGAACAUGUUCGCCAUGGCUGUCGAGGGCAUCGUCUUCUUCCUCUUCACCCUCCUGCUGCAGUACCACCGCUUCUUCCUGCGCCUGGGGCCACGGGCUCUGGAGCUGCCCUCGCUGAGGGAUGAGGACCAGGAUGUGGCCAGGGAGCGGGCGAGGGUGGGCAGCAUCCCCCCACAUGGCCACCUCCUGCUGCUGAAGGACCUGACCAAGGUGUACCGGCGCAGGAAGAUUCCGGCUGUGGACCGGCUCUGCGUGGCCAUCCCCCCCGGGGAGUGCUUUGGUCUCCUGGGGGUGAACGGUGCUGGGAAAACAUCCACCUUCAAGAUGCUGACGGGGGACACAGAGGUGACGCUGGGAGAGGCCUGGUUGAAGGGGCACAGCGUGCUCACCGACCUUCAGUCUGUCCACCAGCACAUGGGUUACUGUCCCCAGUUUGAUGCCAUCACGGACCUGCUGACAGGGCGGGAGCACCUGGAGUUCUACAGCCGCCUGCGUGGGGUCCCAGAGGAGGAGACCCCCAGGGUGGCUCAGUGGGGCAUCACUGCUCUGGGGCUGGGCCCGCACGCAGACCGGCCGGCGGGCAAGUACAGUGGGGGCAACAAGCGCAAGCUCUCCACGGCCAUCGCCCUCCUCGGCUGCCCCCCUGUCGUAUUCCUGGAUGAGCCCACAACGGGGAUGGAUCCACAAGCCCGGAGGUUCCUGUGGGAGCGCAUCCUUGGCGUUAUCCGGGAUGGUCGGUCUGUGGUGCUCACAUCCCACAGCAUGGAGGAGUGUGAAGCACUCUGCACCAGGAUGGCCAUCAUGGUCAACGGCCGGUUCCGCUGCCUGGGGAGUGUCCAGCACCUCAAGAACAGGUUUGGGGAUGGCUACACGGUGGUGGUGCGGGCAGGGGGCCCUGGUCCAGCGGCAGUGCAGACCCUGCUGCAGCAGCACUUCCCCGGCAUCGUGCUGCGGGAGCAGCACGGGGGACUGCUGCAGUACCACCUGCCUGCCCGUGUCACCUCCCUGGCCACCGUCUUCAGCCUUCUGGCUGCCCACCGUGGCCCCUGCCACAUAGAGGAUUACUCUGUGUCCCAGACCACACUGGACCAGGUUUUCGUUCACUUUGCCCAGGAGCAGAGCGAUGGCGAGGUCACAGCCCCAGGGCAGGAUGUGGCCCCCAGCUCUGUGAGGAGGCUGAGCACGUUCCUGGAGGAUGACAGUUACCAGGAGAGCGCUGUCUGAGUGGGCCACGGUGUCCCAUGGACCCCCAGAGACCCCUCCCCGGUUGUCACCACCGCACAAGCCAGGGUGACAGGGCUUUGGGGUACUGCAGACCCCCAGAGCUGCACAGAAGAGGCCUGAGCACAUCCUGCCCAUUGGCACGGUGUCACCAUCUCGUGGGACAGUGGGUGCUGGGGAGGGUCAGAGUGCCAGGACGGGGCUGGCCCCGGCUCCCUGCGGUGGGAUGGAUGCCCUGCAGGGAGCUGAGCUGGACGGGGGUCUGGGGCUGGCCUUGGGACCCCGCUGCUCCCCACCGGGGCCGAGCUUGCUGUAACAGAGAGCAAUUCAAUAAAAACCCUUUGGGGUA